UCUUAAAAUGCAAACUAAAAUGCUCUUUCCUGCUACCACUAUUCAAUCAAUCAUAGAGGAAUUUCAGGAGGUGCACAACACUGGCAUGAAGUUUGUACUCUCAAAGGUUCAUGAGAAGUUAAAUAUUUUGAACCUGCAGGACAGUGAAAUGUGACGGGUCUCCCGUUCUUCCUGCUAGGGCCGGCCAGUGGGUGUGGCUGGAGACUCAUCAAGUUGAAUGAUGUACACCUGUUCUCCCCACUAUAAAGCUUAGGUUUUUUUGGCAUGCUGGGCUGCUCCUGUUUGCGUCUGGUUUGAGUUUGUGUCUUUGUUUACUUGGCUUUUGUUAUUACCUUGGUUCUGUCUGAUGCUUUGAUUUAAUCAUGUGCCUGACAGAAAUUGUAUUUGAUUGUGUUGAUUUCUUGUUUUAUUUACUUUUAUAUUUAUGUUAAUAAAUGUUUUCAUUGCACCCAAACCAAGCUGACUAUGUCCUCCACUCUUUUGUCACGGCUUUGAGCCAGACGUGACAAAUGUGGGGGCUCGUCCUUUAAAUUUAGAUAUUUGCUUUGAUAAACUUCUGGAGGAUAUGGUUGGUUUGGUUCUUUUGGGUUGUUUCACGGGAGUUCAGCUUCGGUAAGUACUGGCUACUACUUGUAUAUUUGAGGGGAGAUUUAUUGUUGGAUAUGCUUUUCCCUGUUUAGGUUUAGCGGGGUUUUACUCCGAUCUUUUUUUAUUUUAGUUUGUUUUGUUUGUAUGGUGAAAGCAGGUAGAGCAGUUGUAUCGGGAACACGUCCGUGUUUUGAAUGGUGACUCGUUAAUCGGUCGCUAUUUUAAACGCUGGUUUACAGUGUAUAAAAACCCACUGCAAGUAACUGUAUGAAGAUUAGGGAUGAGUUUAGAUAGUUUUGAAAUUUAGUUAGAGGGAAUUGCUUAUCUAAUUUCUACCCCUCAAAUAUUUUUGAGAAAAUUAAGUAGCCAUACUUUUGUCUUUCACAAUGGCCUCAAAGGUUGAGGAAUUUAUUAGUGCUCCGUCUCAAGAUUUGUUAAACGAUUUGACUAAGGAUCAACUAGUAGAACUUGCAGGUCAUUAUAAAAUUAACUUGGUAAGCCAAGAUAAACGUUUAAAAGAUAAUCUUAAAGUCUUGGUAAAAAUGGAGUUAAUCGAGCGUGGUGUUUUAGAGUCUCAUUCUCUGGAAGGUGAAUCACAAGGUGUUAAUACGACAUCCACAACGUCUCAUCUAACAUUUGAACAACAAAAACAAUUGUUAUUAAUUCAAACUGAGAUGAGAGAAAUUGUUAGAAGCGCAAAAUCGUGUUGAGAUGUCUAAGGUUCAAUUACAACAACAACAACUUGAUCUUGAACGCUAUCGUUUAGAUCUAAUAAGAGAUGGUAAAAUGCCGUUAACUGGAGGUGUAGAGUGUGAUUUGGUUUCGUGUAAAUUUGAUGUAGUGACUAAUAUGAGACUGAUCCCUAGAUUUGACGAAAAAGAUGUUGAACGUUUCUUUUUGUUAUUUGAACGUGUGGCAGAUGCACGUACUUGGCCAGAUGGAGAGCGUACGUUUAUGUUGCAGUCUGUUUUUACAGGAAAAGCUCAAGAAGCCUAUUCGUCUCUUAGUGUGGAAGAUGCUACAGAUUAUUUGACUGUUAAGAAUGCAGUGUUGAGGGCAUACGAAUUGGUCCCAGAGGCCUAUAGACAAUUUAGGUCCUGGAAGAAAACUGAUAGACAAACGCAUGUUGAGUUUGUACAUGAUAUUUCAGUGUAUUUUAAUCGUUGGUGUACAGCCUCCGAUGUAAAACGUUAGCUGAUUUGAAGGAGUUGAUGUUGCUUGAACAAGUUAAAAUUCUGUUUCACAGCGUGUAGCAACAUUAUAUUAGUGAGCGUAAACCUGACACUGCAUACGAAGCGGCAGUUAUGGCUGAUGAAUUUUCUCUGAUUCAUAAAACCGCUUUUGGUUAUAAAAAUGUUGGAGAAAAUUUUCAGAGAGAAUCAGGGUAUGAUCCUAGUAGGUCUUCCAAAAUUUUGCGUGCUUCACCUGACAAACAACGUUUUGUCUUUGGAGAAAAAGAGAAGGCAAACGUGUGUAAUUAUUGUCAUGGGUUUGGUCACUGGAAGAAUGAGUGUCCGUUGUUGAAAGCAAGAGAUGUUGCUAAAACUAAGUCUAAGUUCUCAGUGAAACCUGUUGUUUUGGCUGUGAGCGCUUCAGAAGUGAAUAAUGUGCAGAAGAAUUGUUCGGAAUGUGUUUCAACAUUCUCUCCAUUUGUCACAGAUGGUUUCGUGAGACUGGUUAAUUCUACGGAAGAUGUACCAGUAAAAAUUCUCUGUGACACAGGGUCGUCAGAAACUUUUGUUCUAGAGUCUAUUUUGUCUUUUUCAAAUGACUCUUACACUGGAAAUGAUGUGUUGAUUAGGGGCAUUGGUCUGAAUGUGAUAUCUGUUCCCCUACAUAAAAUCAUUUUGCGUUCUGAUUUGAUCCAGGGAGAAGUGGAGGUUGCUGUGCGUUCCUGUUUGCCUGUGGAAGGAGUACAGGUAAUCUUGGGAAAUAAUUUGGCUGGUGAACGAGUUUGGCAGGAUGUUUUACCAAAUUUGGUGGUUACACCAUCUGUGUCGAUUUCUGAGAUGACUGAUGAAAAUUUUACCUGUCCCUCAGAUGUGUUUCCGUCAUGCGUGAUAACACGGUCUAUGAGUAAGAUACAAUCUGAGGUGAAAUCUAGACCUAAAAGGAUGGGGAGUGAAACUUUGGACAUCCCUUCCAUCUUAUCGGUGUCACGUGGUGAUUUGAUUAAAGAACAAAAAGCUGAUGUUACUCUUACUGAGUUGUUUGACCGAGUUGUCCCUUAUGUUACAAUUGUUAACCUUCCUUCUGGAUAUUAUCUAGAGGAAGAUGUGUUGGUUCGAAAAUGGGUGCCGCAUGGAGAAUUUGUAAUUGGUGAUCCUGUGCUACAAAUUGUAGUACCUCAGUCUCUCCGUCAACUUGUUUUACAAACGGCGCAUGAUGCAUCUGGACAUUUGGGAGUGAAAAAGACAUACAAGUUGCUUUUGAAACGUUUCUAUUGGCCAAAAUUGAAACGUGAUAUAUCUAAGUAUAUUAAGUCUUGUCAAACAUGUCAGCUUACUGGAAAGCCAAACCAGUCUAUAAAACCGGCUCCUCUCUAUCCAAUUCCUGCUAUUAGUCAACCGUUUGAGCAUCUUAUUGUGGACUGUGUCGGGCCAUUGCCCCGGUCAAAAAUGGGAAAUUAAUAUUUGCUCACGGUUAUGUGUCAAGCGACUAGAUAUCCAGCUGUGUACCCAUUACGUUCUUUAACUGCAAAGUUGGUUGUAAAAGCACUAACUCAGUUUAUCUCAGUGUUUGGAAUACCUCGAAUUAUUCAGUCUGAUCAGGGGAGUAAUUUUACUUCCAACUUGUUUGGUCAAGUUUUGAAACGGCUUCAUAUUCAACAUAAUCUAUCUAGCGCCUAUCAUGCCCAAAGUCAGGGAGCACUGGAAAGAUUUCACCAAACAUUAAAAUCUUUAUUGAAAUCGUACUGUGUUCAGAUGGAUAGGGAUUGGGAAGCUGGGUUACCGUGGUUAAUGAUGUCAGCUCGGGAAGCCGCUCAGGAGAGUACCGGGUUUAGUCCCAAUGACCUUGUUUUUGGUCAUGAUGUGCGUGGUCCCCUAGCUGUUUUGUCUGCAGAUUGGAAAAAAUUUUAUCCACCCAAAAAUAUUUUAUCAUAUGUGAGUGAUUUUCGCAGACGAAUUUUUGAAUCCUGUCAAUUGGCAAAAGCAUCUUUGAGUAAAGCACAAGAUCGAAUGAAACGGCUCUUUGAUCGUCGUACAGAAUUGCAUUCAUUUCAGUCAGGUCCUUGUUUUGUUUACUAUUGUUGGUUCACCAUUUCAGGCCAUAUUUGCAGGUCCAUAUACUGUUGCUCGUAAAAUUUCUGACCUGAAUUAUUUAAUCACUACGCCAGAUCGGCGAAAGAAGACUAGAGUGUGUCAUGUAAAUUUGUUAAAGCCUUUUUAUGGUUCUGAAGAUGCUGGGGAUCCUAAAAUAAAUAUUGAAGACAAAGUUGAUACAUCUGAUUCUUGUAUUAAACCUGUUUUGCUUACAGGUUCUUUUGCCGGUGAUGACGAUACUGGAUUGUCAAUUGUGAUCAGUGGGGACCAUGAGGAGAUUGAUCCUGGAGAUUCUAUUCUUCAGGGUCGUUUACACAAUUCAGAAGCGCUUCUGGUCAGAAUAAAUCCUGAAGACGAAAAUACCAGAAAGAGGGUGAAGUGUACUGCCAGACAGGGAGUCAGCAAGAGGACCAAGAAAGACGUACAGAGGAAGGUCACAGCCAUCAACCCUCACGUAAACCGCUUCAUUCGGUCCUUGAUAGAAUAUGAGUGGAGAACCUCAAACUGAAUCUUGCUUGCCAGCACUUUUAGUGGGACAUUUGUUGUUCUUGUUUUUGUUGUUGUUUGUUCAUUUUCAGUUCUCCCUUGAGGACAUUGUACCUCCGUAAGUUCCCUUCACUGGUACACACAUACACACUCAUAUUCCCACAGACACAUUUGUACAGAAACAUUUACUCACACAAACUCA